ACUUGCAAGCCUGGCAGAAAUAGGCUGUUCUAUUGCACGCAACGCACGUGUCAUAUUAAAUACCGCAAAACGUAGUGUUAAUAUCUGCAAGCUCUAGGCCAGCUGGUUGUAGGUAUUGCUCCCCAGUUGUGUCAUCGCUGCAGAAGCGUUGAGAGUGUUUGCGCGGCCGGGCCGGGAAUCUGACGUCAGGCUGGAGAGGGGCAUGGCCAUCGGGCUGGGCUACAGCAUUUGAACCCUCUCCAGGACUGCAAGGAGAUGAAGAGCCCAGACAUCCCAGAGCUGCAGGAGACAUCUUCCUAAUGGAAAACACAUCCUCAGGUGGGAAAAUGCAGGGCAUGUUCAAGAGAGCCUCAAAAAUAUUUCAGCAAACCCGCGCUCUACUAUGGAAAAAUAUUCUUCUGACGUGGAGGAUGAAAACAGAAAGUUUUCAGGAGUGGAUCACACUGGCGAUUUUUCUCUUAAUCAUACAAACAUCAUCAACUCUGAUAUUCCACUACCCACGGCAAGAAAUUCCUUACGACUUCCUUGGCCGAUUAGAUGACCCAGCUUUCAACGCCACGGGAGUGACACUCGCCUACACACCUGUGACAAACACCACCAGGCGAAUAAUGAGCAAAGUGGCUUCAGACUCUGCACUGACGGGUAUAAUAAUAGAAGAGGUGGAAAAUGAGAAAAAAAUGGAAACAAGAGGAACUGGCGAGGAAGACAUUAUUGGUGUUGUUUUUAAGGAUGACUUCUCCUACCAUCUCAGAUUCCAAAGCUACAAUGUGCUGCCUCCAAAUGAUGCCUAUGAACACAUCGAUACCUGCUUCAACUUUUCAUCGAGUUACUGCAAAAUUCCGUCAUACUGGUAUGCGGGUUUCCUAUCAGUGCAGUCCAGCGUUGAUGCAGCGGUCAUAGAAGUGAAAACAAACCAUUCCGUCUGGGAAGAGAUGAAGUCAAUUAGUGGCAUUCGUCUGAAAUCACCUUUGAUCAAACCUGUGUAUAAACUGGAUUAUAUUUGGUUCAUUAUUUACAUUAUAUUGUGCUUCUCCCCAUAUAUGUACUUUUUAUCAGUGAAAGUUAUAAGAGAGAAAAAGAAGCUUAAGGUAUUAAUGAGAGCAAUGGGUUUGCAAGACAUCGCAUUCUGGUUAUCCUGGAGCUUGCUGUACACCGUUUACAUUUCAAUAACGGCGAGUCUGCUGACGCUGAUCACGAUUACAGAAGUCACCCAUGAUCACAACUUUGCUGAAAUAUAUUUUUUUUAUUUCUUUUAUGGCGUAGCAUCUAUUCACUUCUGUUUCAUGCUCAGCUCGUUGUUAAAGCAGCCGAAUGUUGCCAGUUUUGUGGGAUUUGUCCUUCACAUCAUCUUCGGAUUGCUGGGCUUUUUGACGUUGUUUAAAAAACUCCCACAGUCUUUGGAAUGGAUUUUAAAUCUCUUCAGUCCUUUUGCCUUUACAGCUGGCUUCUCAAAGAUAAUAAAAAUGGAAAAAUAUGGACCAGCCUUUUCGCCAGAGUUGUACCCUUUCUUUAAUCUGUACGUCAUACUGAGCCUUGACAGUGUCUUGUAUUUGCUGUUGGCCAUCUACUUUGAUAAGGUUUUGCCUGGCAAGUACGGAGCGCCACAUCCCCCUUCAUUCUUCCUGAGACCCUCCUACUGGUUCAAGCCCAGGAGCGGGUACGUGGGGCUGCGAGCUGGCAGCGAGAGCAGCCACGAUCCCAUCUCCAGGAAUAACACCGAGCCGAUGCCUCCAGGCUUCGAUGGGAAGGAAGCAAUUAGACUAAACAAUAUUAAAAAAAUAUACAAGAAGGGCAGCAAGACAACUGAAGCUUUAAGGGGUUUGUCCUUAAAUAUAUACGAAGGCCAGAUCACUGCAUUACUUGGUCACAGUGGAUCUGGAAAAACUGCUCUCUUAAAUGUGCUCAGUGGAUUUUCCAAGCCUUCAGCAGGUUCUGCAAUGAUAUACAACUACAGUGUUUCUGAACUAUGGGAUAUGGAAGAAAUUCGGGGAAUGAUUGGGAUUUGCCCCCAGUUUAAUUUGCAUUUUGAAGCCUUAACGGUGAAGGAAAACUUGAGAACUUUUGCUCACAUCAAGGGGAUUCAGCAGAAGGAAGUAGAGCAAGAGGUGCAGAAAGUUCUUGCGAUGUUGGAUCUCACCAACCUUCAGGACCUUCACGCCGAUACUUUGAGUGGGGGACAAAAAAGAAAACUGUCUCUUGGAAUUGCAAUUUUAGGGAAUCCCCAGGUGUUGUUUUUAGACGAGCCAACGGCCGGCUUGGAUCCCUGCUCCAGGCACCACGUGUGGAGCCUUCUGAAGGAGCGCCAGGCUGGACGCGUGACGCUCUUCACGACCCAGUCCAUGGAGGAGGCUGAUGCUCAUGCUGAUCGGAAAGCUUUCCUCUCAAAUGGGACAUUGCAGUGUGUUGGCUCGUCUCUGUACUUGAAGAGAAAAUGGGGAAUUGGCUAUCACUUAAGGAUACGCAUAAAUGACCUGUGUGACCCUGAGCUCACAUCAUCCCUGGUCAGGCAGUACAUCCCUGAUGCUGUGCUCAAAGGGCAGAAGCGGGGUGAACUCUGUUAUACGCUUCCUCUGGAAAACACGGAGAGCUUCCCGGGAAAAAAACUCUACUUAAUUUCUGUUCCUCACUUGAUUUCAGGAUCAGAAAUUGAGGAUUUCGUUGCAGCUUUGAAGACUCAAAACAUAACCCCAGAAAUAACUCAUGAGAAAAACAUCACAAGCAUCCCACUACACAAUGGAGCUAUAAAAAUAUCCCUGGAAGGCAAGAGCUACCGAUUCACGGUCAUGUGCAGUGCAGAGCCCGUCAACUGCUUCCCCGUGCUCAUCAAUAUCCUCAGCAACACCUUCCUCAGGCUCUUCAAUUCCACCGCGCGCAUCCGCGUCUGGACUGAGCCCUUUUACAACACACACAAUCCAGAAUUAGAGAGAGAUAUUUUCUUCAUCUGCCUCAGCUACAUGCUGAUUUUGGUUGCUGGUUUGUCUCCUCACUUUGCAGUAAGCAGCAUGGAAGAUUACAAGCUCCAGGCUCGCGCCCAGCUGCGGCUCGCAGGGCUCUUCCCCUCGGCGUACUGGUGCGGGCAGGCGCUGGUGGACGUCCCGCUCUUCUGGACCCUGGUGUGCCUCAUGUUUGGGCUCGUGGUGCUCUCCAACCGCACGUGCCCUCUGCAGGCCAGCACCGUGCUGCCCCUGAUAAUUUGCAUCACUGGUUAUGGAGCGUCUCUUGUCCUCCUUGUCUAUUUAAUUGCCUUUAAAUUUCGCACGGGACGAAGUAAUCGUUACAUUUGGUCUUCCAUCUUCAUUCUGGUGAAUUUCAUUCUCUAUUUGUUCAGUAACAAAGCGGUUUACUUCAUCUUCUCUACUUUGAUUCCUGUGUUUCCACCAAUGGGCUGUUUGAUGUUCUCUACACCGCGUUAUUUGAUGUCACUCGACAGCCAUUCUGAGUCAUGGAAUAACAUCUUCGUAGUUGUCUUUGCACCUUACAUCCACGGCGUGAUUUUUGCUUUCCUCCUGCGCUGUUUGGAGGUGAGAGGUGGAGAAGCAGUUACGAGACUUGAUCCCAUCUUCAGGAUCCAGCGGAGGAGAGCGGUCACCCGCCAGAACAGGGACCACCCUGGGGAGGAGUCCCCAGAAGUCCAGGCGGAGAGGGAGAGGGUGAGGAGCGUGAUGGCCUCUGUGCAUCAGGAGGAGGAGUCAGUUAUUGUUGUCAACAGUUUGCGCAAGGAAUAUGAAGACAAGAAAGCCAGUUCCAUCUUUAAGAAAAAGAAGAAAGUUGCAGUCAAAAACCUCUCUUUUAGUGUCAAAAAAGGAGAAGUCUUAGGUCUGAUAGGACCCAACGGAGCUGGAAAAAGCACAACUAUAAACAUGAUUUCUGGAGACAUAACGGUGACUGCUGGGGAGGUGCUGCUCCAGGGCCGCGAUGCCGUUGCCUCCUCCCCCGGGCAGCGCAGCCCGGGGUGCCUGGGCUGCUGCCCGCAGCGGGACCCGCUCUGGCCAGCCCUCACCGUGCACCAGCAUCUGGAGGCGUAUGCUGCUGUGAGAGGGAUGAGCAAAGAGGAUGCUGCUGUUAGCAUCAGCCGCAUAGAAAAGGCCUUGGAUCUCCAGAAGCAUUCAAAAACCCCAGCUAGGCGGUUAUCUGCUGGAGAAGCCAGAAAGCUGUGUUUUGCACUGAGCGUCCUGGGAGAUCCGACGGUGAUGCUUUGGGAUGAGCCAUCGGUGGGCAUGGACCUGAAAGGGCAGCGCCGCAUGUGGAAGGUUAUUCAGACUGCCAUGAAAAGCAAGGAGCGGGCAGCCAUCCUCAGCACGCAGUACCUGGAGGAGGUGGCGGCGAUGUGUGACCGAGUGGCCAUCCUGGGCUCGGGGCAGCUACGGUACAUCGGUUCCCUUGAGGAUCUGAAAAGUAAGUUUGGCACAAGUUACCACCUAGAAGUCAAAACGAUGGACGCGGGGCAAAGCGAUGCUCUCCACGCCGAAAUUCUGCACCUCUUCCCCUGCGCGGCUCGGCAAGAAAGGACUUCUUCUUUGCUCAUCUACAAGAUCCCAAUGGAAGAUGCACUACCUCUGUCGCAGUCUUUCUCCAAGCUAGAAUCAGCUAAAAGGAAUUUCAGGCUUGAGGAAUACAGCUUGUCAUUGCACACUCUGCAGCAGGCGUUUGUAGACCUCACCAGGGACCUGGAGGAGCACGACCUGGAUACGGCAUCAGAUGGGCUUGUGGAGCAAAGACCGCUUCACCCCUGAGCCCUUGGAGCCACGAAGGAAAAUAUUCAGCGUAUUUCAUCAGUGUUACUGAUAGACGUGAUGGGAUGCAGCCCUAGGACUUGGUUACCCAUGUCACAACACAUACCACCUGCAAGUUUUGUGCUUCACAAAGAAAAAAAAAAAGAAUUAUUAUUUUAAUAAAUAAAGCCUUUAU